AUCCUACAACGACCACUGUUCGCUCGUAGUACUUGAUGUCUUCGUUGAACAUUAAAAAGGAGGGAAUAUGGAUUGUACAUGACUCUCCCGAUUGUAAACAAAUAAAUAUCUGUAACUAUGUUAAAUCAAUUUGAACCAAGGGAAAUAACUCUGUUCCACCAACCUCUGACAGACGAUGUCUAUAUUUUGAAAUUGAUUCGACGAAAUGGCUUCAAGAGAGGAAUAUGAUGUGACUUCCAUGGAAAGUUUCCUGUCUGCAAAUGUGUCCACUGUUGUAUGUGACUUAGGCGUUAGUGAUGUACCAGAGAACAGGUGUCUACUAAAUAAUGGCUUUAUUGAUUGGAGCUACAUUUCUAAGAUUUUGCCUGCUUCAAAAGAAGAUCCAACCGAAUACUACAGAAACAGCAUACAGUGUUUAGCUCCUUGUUUUAAACAUCUUCAGAAUGAGCUUGGUCCAUUAACGCUGUCACAGUAUAAUGAAAGAUACUCGCCCUAUUUGAAAUGGACUGGGAACACCAAAUUAUUUCUGGAAAGUUUUGAACUACUUCAUGACACGUGUCCAGUAAACUCCUUGUUGUCAUUGUUACUGGUGACAGCUCAAUUGGAAAGAUCUCUGGGAGAUGUGUAUCUGCAGAAAGGGACAAAGUGUCCAGCAAAGUUGAAAGACCUGCUUCUUACCAAUGAGCUGAGAGAAGUCUUUGGUGAAGUUAUUAUAUCAGUGUUGCAGACUUGUAUUGGUCCUCCUGUAUCUUUGAACCUGAGGAAUAUUGCAUGGCAUGGAUUCUUCAGCCCAGCAGAGUUACCAAAACAAUAUGUCUACUUCCUGAUGGUCUUAGCUCCUAGUCUUGGCUACGUGAUGUCAUCUAUUGAUGUGGCCAUCACACACCGACAACCUGUUGAUUUCUCACACCAUAUCAAAUUACUAAGUCAUCUGCUACCAGGUAAUAAGUCCAAGAACAGUGAGGAUCUAUACUCUGAUAUAUUUAGAAAUACUUCUAUGAUCCCGACAUCACACCAGGUUGUAUGGAGUAAAUGCCUUCAUUUCUACCAACAACAAAGAUAUGGUUGGUUUGUUGUGCUACUUCUACCCCAGAUUGAAAGUGCACUUAGGUGCAUAUUCUGUUCUGCCAAUAACUGCAGCCACAGGAUGCUCACUGCUGAGUCAGAUGUCCUAUAUACUACCCUUAAUGAGAUUCUAUCGAAAUAUUUGUCUGAUGGAGAAGAAAAUAAUCUGAAACACAUUUUGGGCUCAACAUUGAUGGAUUUUCUUCAUGACUUAUUUGUCUAUCCUGAAGGACCUCGACUUCGAGACAGAGUCAGCCAUGGUGAAGUAGACUUGGAUAAUUUCUCAGGAGUACUAGCUUGGACAUUGCUACGACUUGCUCUUAAUCUUGCAUACAAAUUUCUACCAAAUGAUGCUAAUUUCCAGAAGCUACAGACAGAACUAAUUAAAGGUUUCUCGGUAUCAGACUAUGAAUCACAAUUCCAUCCAGUCAACAUAGCUAAAUGCAAGGUAGCAGAGACAUUUUCACUUACCUUCCAUGUGCAGGAAACAAAUGAAAUGCUGAACAAUUUGAUGGUGGAAUGUUUCAGAUUAAAUGCAGCAAAUGAAAUCCAAGCUACUCACCUUGAUGUUGAGUCACAACAGCAAACACCAUCAUCACUACCUUCACAACAACCACCAUCACCACUGUUCACUAUAAUGGCAAAAACAGUUGAAGUGGCUGAUAGUUUAAGGUUUCCCUGGCUCAACGACAGCUGUAAGUCAGAACUGAUCAGUUGUCUUCAGAAUUCAAGAAAUGGUCCAGUUAUCAAAGAACUCGUUUCUCAUUCUCUGAAUACAUUAUAUCUGGGACAGAAAAAACCUCAAAACACAAUGGCUUCAUCUGAAAGCAGCACAGUCACUAUUCAGACCAAUGAAGUUAUGUCAUUAUUACAACGGGUAUCCCAGCACGGUGUUGAAAUACUGCAACAAACAGAAGAGAACAUCAGACAGAAAAUGGAUUUACUGAAACAGAAGAAACUGAGGUCAAGGGCCCGGGUCACUUUGAAGACAAUGGUUUUAAGUGUACCGUGUUUAUGCCUUGCUUUCCGAACCAUCAUGCUACAUAUCAUAUCAGAGAUUUACACAAUUGAAACAUUCUUUGAAUUAACCUCACAAGAGAAAACCGCAGUUGUUAAAUGUUUAAAACUAACUUUGAAAUAUUUUGAAAACCAGAAAACUUUUACAAGUUUAGACAAGAACAGGUGGACAGAAAGCAUGGAUUCUACGUUGCUUUAUCUGGAAACAGUUUCGCCCAAAUGGCUACAAAUUCAUAGAAAUUCGGUUUCUUAUUCUGGACCAAAAUGAUAAUGUCAGAAUCAACAGAAUAGAGAAUGAGAAACAACCAAAACAAAUCUUCAAAGAAGUUGGAAUUUUUCUUUUUUUAUUUUAUUUUAGUAAAAGAGGCAUUUGAGAAGAAUCAAAAGACAGAAACCAGAAUUAUGUCUUGUG